GAAUGUCAGCUUCAAAUAAAAAUUUGCUGACAAAUUUAUUGAAAAAUCGAUGAUAAUUUAUUAGUUUUGUCGACUAGAAAUAUUUGGAAUUAUAAUAAGGAAUAAAUCAGUGAGACCAAAUCAGGAACAAUGACGGAAAAAAGCACCACAGUAAUUUCCCUGCCCCAAAUGGUCGAUCUGGCAUUAAAUUCGCCAGAGGUGGGAAUAGUUAAUUUCACAGUGCUGCAUUCCCUUCUCCAUGUGAUAGUCAAUCAGUUAGAUUUGGGGGAUUGUAAUGUAGAAUUUCGAGGAAGUGACAGCGAAAGGCUUCAAAAUUACAUUUCGACGGCAAAACCAGGCCCUAUAAUUACUUUGACUGAAUAUACUGUUGGUCCAGAUGGAAAAGGCAGGAAGAAAAAGGCUAAGAAAGGCAGCAAAAGAUCCAGUGUCGUAGAGGAGAAAGGGAAAAAAGACGAACAUCAAAAAGAAAAAGAAAUCGCGAUAAUUAAGAAAGAAGACGAUGGAUCAAUGGCUUCAGCUAGUUCAGGAUCCCUACAAACGAUUGUGGUGGUAGAACCGGCCUCUAAAGAGAAAAUAGGCGACUCUCCUAAAUUCACUAUAGCGCUAACCAAAGAACAGCUAGGUAAAUUGCAAAAAGACCUCAAAGAUCUUCAAAAGCAAGUCAAAGAGCUUACUGAUCUUCCUGGAAAUAUUGGACUUAUUGACGCAAUUAGAACGAGCAAAGAUGGUGGCACCUCCCCAAUACUGGAUAUGUUCCAAAUUCUCACCCUGGUGAAGAGACUGGAUGCAACUGAAGUGGCAAUGAAUAAAAUGGCCAGCAUGAUUGAAGAUUUAGCCAAAGGCCAAUCCAGCUUGGCAGAACCUGGAAAUAAACAAGAGCGCAAAUUAUCAUUCAAAGACCAAUCACAAGAUCUGGUGACUAAAUCGCAAGAACUUCGAAGAUCACUUGAUGGAACCGUGGGCGGAAGUAAUCAAAUACAGGAAUUGAUAAAUGAGUUGAAAGAACUGGAACAACGGAUAACCCAACUGGAAAAUCAAUCUGCAGCUGCAGGUCCGCUAAGACGCGAAAGUAAUCUUGAGGGAAGUAAUAGCCAAUCUGCAGCCAAGUCAACAAAAGGAAAGAAAAAGGCUGGACAGGACGCAGAUAAAGAUUCUGAUGAUUCAGAAGAGCGGAAUGAAGGAGGAGAUACAGAAUUUGAUAGCACUGAUUUGUCAACUUUAUCGCCACAAAAUGCGAUCGCAUUGCUUCAAGCCGAGAUUAUUCGCAUGAAGGAGGCUAAUAAUAUGGCAAAUCAGAUUGGAGUAGAGGCGCUGAAACAAGUGGAAAGCCUGAAAGAAUCAUUAAUAUCCGACGAAAAGGAGAAAAAUCUGCCGCCAGAUGUAAAAUUCGGUCAGAUGGAUAUCAAGAUUAAUGACCUCAAAGAGCAAGUGAGCACUUUAGAUACCGUUUACCAUCAACAAUUUAGCAACGUAAAUGAUCGCUUGGAACAAUUGGACAAGGAAAUUUCCGCACUUUGGGAACGAAUCAACUCAGGGCUUCCGGGUGGAGAUGCUUCAGCAGGAGCAAAUGGGCAAAAUAUCCAAGAAGUUUACAACAAACUUCUUCAGCUCCAAGACGAUAUGAAUGCUUUAUCCGAAACCGCCAAUAAAUUAGCAGCGGACAGAGAAGGGCGACAGGAUAGUCUAGACGUGAUGAUUGAGCAAAUUGAAUUACUGAAAACUGUAAAGGCGGACCGAGAAGAUUUAGAAGAUGCACUGGCGGAUAAAGCCGAUGCCUGCCAGAUUAACAGAAAAGUUUCCCAUGAACAAUUUGAUGCGGCUUAUGAUGAAAUUACUAAAUCACUGGAAAAUACAUUGGAGAAACUUAGGCAACAAGAAGAACUAUGGGUGCAAUCCCUAAAUGAUCUGCAGAAAGAAAUAGGCAAUAAACUGGACAAAAUGGAACUGACGCCGCUGAAGGACUUUAUUAAUUCAAAACUUAAAGGAAUUCAAGACAAGGUGAAAAAGAUCUCAGCUUUGAAGCAAGAACAUGAGGCUGCUGGAACCAAGAGUAAACUCCUGCGAAAUGUUAACUGUAUUUCUUGCGAUGCCGACGUUGUUAUGAAGAAACAAACGGACAUUACGAUGUUUCCUAAACCUUAUGCGUCGCCCGCAACCAAAAGUCCAGGUCCUUAUUUGGCCUACGAGCUUGAUCUGUUAAGGAAACAGCAAAAAUCAUUAGCAAACGGCAAAAACUUGAAUAUGCUUGAAAGCGCUCUACAAACCGGAAAAUUGAAGACUUUGGAUAAGGAUCAUCUAUGUAAUCGAUACUGUGGUGGAAGUCACACUAUCACAACUCCAGAGCAACGGGUGAUGAGAGUUGGACAUUUUAUGGAGCAGUGGGGCCCAGAAAUUUCCCCAGUCAAUGAAGUACUAAUUAAAGGAACUGAUGGUCAUCUCUACAAGGGUCGGGACGAUGCUGCGCUCAGAGCGGCAGCCGUGGAAAAAGCUCCAACUCCUCGAAUGGAAACGCCUGCCUUAACUAUUAGCGGCUACAACCUCGGCAAUAAUAAUACUAACACAGCCAGUAAUAUUAGCCAAAAAGAAGUUAAACAAGACAAAAGUGAAAUGAAACAAGAACUUGCACAAAGCGGAAGUCGUACGGUGAAUCAAAAUAACAAUACUCAAAAUAAUGCCAAUAAUAAACCCGAAGAAAAAACCUCGCACGACAGUGCAAACGCUAAACGGCCAAAAACCAGCGCGCCUGAACUAGGAAGAUCCUCGGAGAUGAGGAGAUCAAGUGUAAAGUCAGCAGAUAUUAAACCAAAUUGAAUGUGAAAAAAUAAACUCUGAAAACACAA